UUCGCGUGCCUAUCGAUAGACAAUGUUUUGGUCUUGUUUGUUUUCGGCAUAAAAACAUAUUUUUCAUGCGGAUUUUAGGACAAUUAAAAGGCGUUCUUCGAUUGGCAAGUGGUGUACAAUAUACGUUAAUUGAUUGUUAAAUUCGUGAGACUGAAAUAGUGAUUCAAAGUGUACUUGUGAUUGGUGCUACAAUGGACGCACGUGUUGAUUAACUUGUUGUUGUUACACUUUUAGCGGUGCGUGGACAAACUUAAUAGGCAGCGAAUCAACGACUGUAAACAAUUCUCGUGGUUGUCGAAAAUGCAAAGCCACAAAUGCGUGCGAAAUGCGCAGACCCAACAUGGGGAUGCCUCAUCGGUGGACGUGGAGAAUAUAUUUUUGCACCGGUCCAUGCUGACCACAUAUCCGAUCUUAGGAGCCAAUUUCAACGAAGAAGAUCAGCCUUCCGAAUGUGUUUGGUUUCCGGAUGAUGCAGACAGUAAUCCAACAGACACAACAGAUCCUCCGAUUUUAAAGUCUAAAGAAAAACUUGAGCUUGACCAUUUGCCGGAAAAACGAAAGGCUAACGCUUUAGAAGGCGAAAGCAAUGGGAAAAAAGCUAAAUUGGAUGCCAAUGGACUUAAAACCAAGAGACCCGGUUUUAGUGACGAAAGAUACGAUGAGACAUCGUAUUAUUUUGAAAAUGGACUUCGAAAAGUGUAUCCCUAUUUUUUCACAUUUACGACAUUCGCCAAGGGGCGUUGGGUUGACGAUAAAAUUCUGGAUGUAUUUGUGCGCGAAUUCCGAGCCGCUCCGCCUGAAGAAUAUGAGCGCAGUCUGGAAGCCGGAAAAUUGACGGUCAAUUACGAAAAAGUUCCCAAGGACUAUAAAAUCAAGCACAAUGAUCUGCUGGCCAAUGUCGUUCAUAGACACGAAGUCCCUGUUACUUCACAGGCCAUCAAGAUAGUGUACAUGGACAAGGAUAUUGUGGUUGUGAAUAAGCCGGCAUCCAUACCAGUACACCCCUGCGGACGGUAUAGACAUAAUACUGUGGUUUUUAUCCUGGCCAAGGAGCACAAUCUGAAGAACCUGAGAACAAUACACAGGUUGGAUCGACUGACAUCUGGUUUGCUUUUAUUCGGACGCACUGCCGAAAAAGCCCGAGAAUUGGAGCUGCAAAUCCGAACUAGACAAGUGCAUAAGGAAUAUGUAUGCCGCGUAGAGGGUCGUUUUCCAGAUGGAAUCGUUGAAUGUCAUGAGAAAAUUGACGUUGUUAGCUACAAAAUCGGUGUUUGUAAGGUUUCACCGAAGGGCAAGGAAUGUAAAACAACGUUUCAACGAAUUGGUGAAAUAGGUGAUGAUAGCAUUGUUUUAUGCAAACCACUAACAGGACGAAUGCACCAAAUAAGAGUACAUUUACAAUUUUUGGGUUAUCCUAUAUCAAAUGAUCCAUUAUACAACCACGAAGUGUUUGGUCCACUAAAAGGGCGCGGAGGAGACAUCGGGGGAAUAAGCGAAGAACAGUUGAUCAACAACUUAAUAAGCAUUCACAAUGCGGAAAAUUGGUUGGGACUUGAAGGAGAACAGGUCGCACCCACGAAAAUCGAAGGUGAAUUAAAAAGUACUUCAGAAGUGGAAGUACCAAUCGAUAUUAAAGCUAAGCCUGAGAUUUUAGAAUCAACAAAUGGAACAAUCAGUGAAGCUGCCACGCAAACUUGCUAUGAAGAACCAGACCGGUCCUUUGAUUCCAAAAAGGCAACUUCUGAUCCGCAUUGUUCUGAGUGCAAAAUCAACUACAGAGACCCCGGCCCAAAAGAUCUGAUAAUGUACUUACAUGCUUGGAAAUACAAGGGUCUCGAUUGGGAGUACAAAACAGAGCUGCCGGACUGGGCUUGUCAAUCAACUAUUAAUUACGAUCAGUUGUGAACCAAUACAUUAUUUCCUCUUUUCAAGAAAUAAAGUUCUUACGUUUUAUAAAGGCAUCUGUGGGAAAAUUAAACAGUUUUACUACAUUUA